UCGGUGGUGUAGUGGUAAGCGUGGUUGCCUCUCACCCCAGUCGGUCUAGGUUCAAUCCUAGUCGACGCCGUCGGUAUUUCUGAGACAAAAAUAUCUGAUCACGUCUUCCCUCGGAUAGGAAGUAAAGCCGUAGGUCCCGGCCCAUGUGUUGAUGGGUUCGAUAUGUAGGGUGUCAGGUGUGUGUGGAUGUCUCCCUGACCGUCCGUGUUUAGGCUUAGUACCAGAAAUAGGCGGACGUUAAACUAGAGCUGAUGCCGAAUGGUGUCGGCUCGCCAGAAAUAAGAGUUGCUCAUAAAAAUCCGUUUAAAAUUAGUGAUUGAAUGUACGCGUAAAGUUUUCAUUAUGAAUUCACCAGGACCCGCAAAUCCGAAGCUGCAACCCUCGAAGGUAAAGCUCCGCCUGAAAAAGGACGACAUCCGCCAGUGCAGACUGUGCCUGCGUGUGCUCCCCAAGGCGGAAACAAUGGAAACGACCACCGGAUCCCGGACGGACCAGCGUCGCAAGAUUCUAGACGCCGUCGGAGUUCGAAUCACGCCCUACUGUAAGCUCAAAUCGGUGUGCGCCAACUGCUGGCUGAUGGUGGACAUCAUCUACAACUUCCGGGCAACGUGCCGGCAGGCGGACACCCUGCAUGGAACGCGUCUGCUAAUGAUGCAUCCCGGCCAGUGGCUGUGCAGGGAGAACAAACUGGUGCUGAUCAACUGUCACAAGCUGGUUAGGAAAAACCGGGACGAAAUGCGCGGACUGUUCAAAUGUUCCGGCUUGGACGAGGGAGACGUGCAUCUGCUGAUGGAGGUGAAGAAGGAGCAAGAGCCUCAGCCGAUUGAGAGAGUGGUUGUGAUGGAACCAAAGGAAGAGAAAUCACCACAAGAAAUGUUGCCACCGACAGAGCCCGCUGCUGCAAUGGCAGAAGAAAAGACGGAGCCCAUUAUUGUUGAGAUGGAUGACGAAAGGGGGUACCACACAGCAACUGAUAGCGAUCCGGAACAAACCGAGCAGUGUUUACAGAUGCUGGAUGCUCCGCUCGAAGAUCGACAAUCAUCGAGGAGAAAAAAUGCCAAGGAUCACAUGUGUGAGCUUUGUGGUAAAACGAUGCAGAAAACGUACGCUGAAACGCAUUACAACAAAUUCCAUCUGCGUAGUAAUCCUUACAAAUGUUCGGAGCAGGGAUGCAACCAACAGUUUCCUUCCCAGAUUUACCUCAACAGCCACGUCAAGAGGGUUCACUCCGAAGAAGCGCAGAAGGUAGAAUAUCUUGAAUGUCCAACUUGCUCGAAAAAGAUAAAAGGGAGGCUUCACUUCAAUUAUCACCUAACGACUCACGAGGGACAUGGGAAGAAUCCGCGGAAGGAAGCAUGCUCUGUUUGCGGGAAGUAUUUCUACAAGCUUUACUUGAAGGACCACAUGUUUGUCCAUACGGGAGAGCUUCCCUAUCAGUGUGAAUUCUGCGACCGGAAGUACGCAGCGCGAAACAAUUGGAUGCAACAUCGGAGGAAGCAUCACGCAGACCAGCUGCAACUGUUGGAGGAUUCGUGAAAGUUGUUAAAAAUUUGUCAAAAUCCUGAAAAGUUACAGUAAGUAAUACUGAGAUAAAAGCACAGCGUUAUAGUUGUUUCACGGACAAAGUUGUUUUCCUAAUUCUUGUGAAAAAAGCAUUCUUAUGCAUUAUGUUUAUCGGGAAAAUAGAAAAGGCAAGGAGUACAAUCU